GCCUGGUAGGCGAGGGGCGGGGCCUGGCGGUGAUGGCGGGGAAGGAGCCGCUGUUGGGAGCCGCUAAAGCUUGCAUUAUGAAACUCCAGGCAGAAAGUAGCCCUAUCAUGGAUCGUAAUCCCAAUCUCAACCCCUUCUGUGAUAUCCUGGAGCUCAUCUUCAGGAAGGGAAUCCGGCAACCAGUUCUUGGUCUGAAGAGGAGAGAUUACUGGCACCUACUGGAGCAGCUGGCACACCAUCAUUCCUGUGGCGAGCUGAUCCAACUCACCGUAGCAUUGGAGAAAACCAUUGCAAACAAGAAGACGCUGACACCACAAGGCCAAGGGCGGUACUUUAUCCGACUGGCUCUGAACCAGAAGAGCUUGGCAACUACGAUCCGACAUCUACUGCACACACCAAAGCUCUCAGAGUGGUAUGAUCCUGAGAGCUCCAUCCUGGGUAAUGAAUGCCUUUCAGAACCUUUUCUCUCACUGUUGCUGGUUGUGUCGCAGAUGAACUUUGCCCUUGAUUUAGAGAACAGUAGUUUCCUGGAUGAGACCUGGCUGCUUCCGGUGUGUGAGCUGUAUGAGACUGUCCCCUGCCGGGAUCUGGGAAUGGCACUCAGAUACGUGGAGAAGCGUAUUUUUGUUUCGGAGGUGAUAGCAGGAAGCCAAGCCGAGGCAGAUGGAUGUGUCCUAGCGGGAGACAUUAUUGAUGAAAUCAAUGGUAUUUCCACCAGAAAUGCUCAGAAAGGCCAGGCUCAAUCGGUUCUGCAGAAACUUCGAGGAAAGCCUUUAUGUUUCCGCCUGAUCCGCUGGAAAUGUCACGAUGGAUCAAUCUACAGACCACUGGUGCCUCAUCUCCAAGUGCUGCAGCAGGACAUCCCCAAUUUUCAACUCAAAUAUGACAACACAUUAAAUGAAGAAAAGCCCGAGGCUAUUGUGCAGGAUGGGAGGUUCCUAUAUUCGUUGCGUUACCUGGGCCAGGUGAAUAUUGGAACGUAUGGUGGGAAGGAAGUAUUGGAUGAGGGAAUCACAAAGGUCCUUGAGCAAAAUCAUGUACCACAGGAGGUUUUAUUUGAUGUAAAGGAAACAGAAGUGAUAAGCCUGAAGAAGGAUUUUUCCCAGGUCCUGUUCCAUCAUCACUACCCUGAGAUCUCCUCUGUGGGACAUCGAGUGGAUAAAAGGACCCUUUUUGCUUACUGUGUGGCCGACAGCCCAGAAACACCGCACACGUGUUCUUUUAUCUGCUUGGUGUUCGAGACAAAGUCAGAAAAGGAUGCUGAUGAAAUUAUCAUGAGAAUAGCUGCAGGGUUCAGACACACGGAGUGGUUUGUGUGACGGUGUUGGUGUUGCUGAGCCGUAUCUUGGGAGACUUGUGAUCGGAGUUACUGUCGUGUGCACAUUGCCAACAUGAACUAUUGGGUGUUGAACUGAACUUACCUUUGGGAGUUUUGUGGUUUUCGGUGUAUAUAUUUUUGUACAAUUUUCAGUGUUAUCCUUUUAAAUCCAGUUUUAUUGUACCCACAGUUGUCUUACUACACUUAAAAGUGAUAAAAUAAAUGAUUGAUAUGAA